AUUCCCGGCAGCCCCUGCGAAGGAGCUCUCGCGAGGUGUAAGGAGACACGUACGCGGAAGGAGCAAGCAGUAGCAGGCGGCAGAGCUGGCGUAAGGGAGCUAGUGGUUUAGGUAGCAGCCUCCAUCAUGCUCAAAGCUGUGAUCCUCAUUGGAGGCCCUCAAAAGGGGACUCGCUUCAGGCCUCUGUCUUUUGAGGUGCCCAAACCACUGUUUCCUGUGGCAGGCGUCCCUAUGAUCCAGCACCAUAUAGAAGCCUGUGCUCAGGUCCCUGGGAUGCAGGAGAUUCUACUCAUUGGCUUCUACCAGCCCGAUGAGGUCCUCACUCAGUUCCUAGAAGCUGCCCAGCAAGAGUUUAACCUUCCAGUCAGGUACCUGCAGGAGUUUGCUCCCCUCGGCACAGGAGGUGGUCUCUACCAUUUUCGGGACCAGAUCCUGGCUGGGGCACCUGAGGCGUUCUUCGUGCUCAAUGCUGAUGUCUGCUCUGACUUCCCUCUGAACGCUAUGUUGGAUACUCACAGGCGCCAGCGCCACCCCUUCUUGCUCCUAGGCACCACAGCUAACAGGACGCAGUCCCUCAACUACGGCUGCAUCGUUGAGAACCCACAGACACAUGAGGUCCUACACUAUGUGGAGAAACCCAGCACCUUCAUCAGUGACAUCAUCAACUGUGGCAUCUACCUUUUUUCCCCAGAAGCCCUGAAGCCUCUUCGGGAUGUUUUCCAGCGUAAUCAGCAGGAUGGGCAACUGGAGGAUGGCUCAUGGCCUGGGGCAGGGACCAUCCGACUGGAGCAGGAUGUGUUCUCAGCCCUGGCUGGGCAAGGCCAAAUCUAUGUGCACCUCACCGAUGGUAUCUGGAGCCAGAUCAAGUCUGCAGGCUCAGCCCUCUAUGCCUCCCGCCUCUAUCUGAGCCGAUACCAGAUCACUCACCCAGAACGGCUGGCCAAACACACUCCUGGGGGCCCACGAAUCAGAGGAAAUGUUUACAUCCAUCCAACUGCUAAAGUGGCCCCAUCAGCUGUGCUGGGCCCCAAUGUCUCCAUUGGGAAGGGGGUAACAGUAGGUGAUGGUGUGCGUCUACGAGAGAGCAUUGUCCUCCAUGGAGCCACUUUGCAGGAGCACACCUGUGUCCUUCACAGCAUUGUGGGCUGGGGGAGCACUGUGGGGCGCUGGUCUCGUGUAGAGGGCACUCCCAAUGACCCCAAUCCCAAUGACCCCCGAGCUCGCAUGGACAGUGAGAGCCUCUUCAAGGAUGGAAAGCUACUUCCUGCCAUCACUAUCCUGGGCUGCCGAGUCCGGAUCCCUGCCGAGGUGCUCAUCUUGAAUUCGAUUGUUCUGCCACACAAGGAGCUGAGUCGAAGCUUCACCAACCAAAUCAUCUUGUGAGGGUGCUGCCAAAAAGCCCCCAGGACUCCUGCCCACUCUCCUUUGGGCUGCUGCCUGCCUGGCCAGCUUUGACCUGAUGAAGCCACCUUGUGGGGAGACAGGUGUGUGGCCAUGGACACCUGGCUUCCCUCCCCGCUCCCAAAUAAACCCCUAUGAACCUUGGA